AGACUACAGAUAGAUACACAAGAGAAUCUUCUAGUACACACUUGUUGGGCGGCGAGUUGUUACACUGUAUAUCAUGUGUGGUGUGUUGUGAUGUAAAGAUGUUGUAUUUAUCAUGUCGCACAUUCGCGUAUAGAGCAUCCAUAAGGUACCCAACAUUGUUGCGCGAGGAAACAUUUCUAAAACGAAACCCAUUGCGUAAGACGCAGAGGAGGUUUUUCAACGCUGAACACACUUGCCUUGAAUCGAACGCACUUCCAAUAGUUCAUCAUGUUAAGUACAUAUGUGACCUCCCAGAAAGCCACAGGUUCCCCAUGGGAAAGUUUCCUAAAGUUCUGGAGUGUCUGCAUGGAGAUCAAGUCAUAACAGAUAAACAGGUUUGGGCACCUAAGAUUGCAUCCAAAGAGCUUCUGGGUUGUGUGCAUACUGAAGAGUAUGUGACCAACUUUAUUGGUGGAAAAAUUAGAGAGAAAGAUCAGAGACGGACUGGAUUUCCUUGGAGUGCUGGUUUAGUACAGCGCUGCAGAUAUGAAACGGGCGGUACUGUCCUGGCAGGUGAGAUAGCCCUGCAGAAGGGACUAGCGUGUAGUACAGCUGGAGGGACCCAUCACGCUUUCCCCGGCUACGGCUCUGGAUUCUGUCUGCUCAAUGAUCUGGCUGUGGCUGCCAAACACCUGAUGGGUGAUUUCAAUUCUAGGAAGAAGAUUCUUAUUGUGGAUCUGGAUGUACAUCAGGGUGAUGGCACAGCUUUGAUUUUUAAGGAAGAGCCAGAUGUUUUUACCUUCUCUGUGCAUUGUGGAAAAAACUUUCCUUUGCAAAAGCAGAAGAGUGACCUGGAUAUCAGUGUGGAAGACGGUACUGAGGACAAAGAGUAUCUUUCAGAAGUCCAGGAACACCUCCCUUGGUUACUGGACACGUUCCACCCUGACCUGGUGCUGUAUGAUGCCGGAGUGGAUCCACACCUGGAGGAUGAGCUUGGAAGACUUCGCCUCACAGAUCAGGGACUUUACAAGAGAGAUCUUUACGUACUUCAGACAGUCAUUAAAAAGGGCAUUCCGGUGGCCACUGUUAUCGGAGGAGGAUAUUCCAGAGAUAUCGAUCGUUUGGCACAGAGGCACUCAAUAAUUCACAGGGCUGCAUCCAAGGUUUGGAGCGAAAAUGGAUUGUAAUCCAUGAAGGAAAUGUACGGCAAACAGAGAGACCGUCUAUGAACUUUCUGCAUAUACAGUCAUCACUGUUUCUAAGGCGAUUGAAUUUAUUAAUAAAAUGUAAUAUUAAAAUCA